AUGUUGUUGUGUUCGAUGGUGGCGGCCCUGGCGGCUUUAGCCACUCCUGCUUUUUCUUGUGCUCUCCCUCACUUAGAUUUACCUGAAGACAAUUCCGGUCUUGAUAUCAAACUCGACAGCCUCAGCAACACUCGUGUCAAGGCUACGAUCACCAACAAAGCUGAUCGUCCAUUGAAUCUGCUCAAGUUCAACACCUUCUUUGAUGAUGGUCCAACUGAGAAGGUUGGAAUCUUUAAGGAUGGCAACCCGAUCAAGUUUGAUGGAAUCAUGCGACGUAUCCAGACUUUCGACCUUCCCAUCAGUGCCUUCGUUCCUAUCAGCCCGGGUGAAAGCAUUGAAAGAGAAUUUGACAUUGCCUCAACCUCUGACUUGACUGUGGGUGGUGCCUUCGAUAUCUUGUCUGAGGGUGCAAUUCCAUAUGCGGAAGCCAACCAAACCACCCUUACUGGAGCCAUGGUCUUCAAGAGCAAUGCACUCCAGCUCAAGAUUGAUGGAGAGAUGGCUGCUACCGUUGCGAGGGCGAUCCAGCCCCUUGAUCGACGUAGCGACGUGCAUGUCUGCCGCAACAGCGCAAAACGCAAGGCUCUCAUGAAGGCCCUUCGCAACUCCGCGCAUCUUGCUGGAACUGCUGCUAGCGCUGCGUAUCGCAACCCGCGUAAAGUUCAAGAAUACUUCCACACCACCGAUCGCACAGCCGUUCGAUCCGUUGCAGCUCGCUUGAAGGCUAUUUCCCGGGAAUCUGGUUCUACUCGCAACGGAGCAACUCGCUACGCCUGUGAAGACCACUGGAACAGAUGCGAGCCCGGUGUGCUCGCAUACACUCUCCCAUCUCACAAUCUUGUCGUCAACUGCCCGAGUUUCUACAACUUGCCAGCACUCACCAACAGGUGCCAUGGCCAGGACCAGGCUACCACCGUUCUCCACGAGUUUGCUCACGCGCCAGGUGUACAUGAACCUUUCUGCAAAGAUCACGCGUAUGGAUACCGAUCCAUUCGACGUCUAUCUACGAGACUGGCUCUCAAUAACGCUGAUUCCUUCUCUCUGUUCGCGAAUGGUAGGUUCAGACGUCGGUUCCGAGUUAUUUCGACAUAA